GCCCAUUUCACCAUACGUCCGCAGUCACGACAGUAUCUCCAGAUGAACCACCGAAGAGAGUUUUUGUGUUGAUGUUAUCCUCACUUUCAGUAAUUAUUACAGAGGCGGCUAAGAACAAUUGCAAUUCUUUGGAGCGAAAAACAAAGAUGGGGUCGUCUCGUCGUAGCAGCGCGGACGGUAUUUGUGCUUCCGUGCCACCGGAUCAUGCUGUUCACCAGCCCCCGUUGGAAGAUGGUGGAGGAGAGUCUCAUGCAACUGCCCCUCAAGUAGAAGAACAGCAGCAGGGCAGUGGAAUGCAGAAGGUCGUCCGGCAGCCAGGACCAACAGCUGCACAGGAGCCUUCCGGCCGGAAAAAGUCCUUGAUGCAGCAGUUUUUGUUCAAGAGGCCAGCGGCUCCAAGUGUGUGCGAAGGCGCGGCUACGGAGACCCUCGCAGACCAACUGGGAUUGCUGACUGAGGAAUCUGGCUACAGUAGGGAAGAAGCGCUACUGGGACUAUUUUCCGUGCUUUCAUCUCGGCAAAGCGGUACUCUCGUCGGACGUGGUGGAAAUUCAUCCGGCAAUACUCAUUCGACAAUCACCCUCAGCGCCGCCGCGAAACAGUGGCUGGAGGAACGGGACGAGCAGGCGAAAACUGGAGCUGAAACAACUACUCCGUCUUGUUCUGACAAAGUUGUCACGUAUGACCAAGUCUCAGCACGGGUGAAGCUGAUCAACUUGGAGCACCUCGACGUUGGGAUGCAGCAUGAUUCUGAGGUGGACCAUUCCGACGCGGACCCUUCCUCUGGCCUACGACCUAUCAAGUGUAAAAAUGUCUGGGUCUGGAAGAAUGCGCGAUUUGUCAUGCUGCUUUUCCAUGACCCAUGAGGUCUGGAAUGCCGGAGCUAGCAUGACAGAUUCUGCGAGACCUUUCUAAUGCCUAUCCUGCAUGAGAAACUCUCUCCCGAUUUGGUCAAAACUGGGCGACUUUUGGCAAUCAUGCAACACAGAUUUUUGUAUGCUGCAGAUUCAGCAUGACAAGUUGCAAUCUUCCAGACCCAGACAUUUUUACAUUUGAUACGAACAGUAAAUAAGCAACCAGAGCACGGCGUCAUCGUGGAUUUUGACGAGGAAAGCGGACGGUUUGUGGUCGACGUGAGCUGUGAGGACCUGGACGUGCAGAUCGACCCGAUUCGGUUUCUACGGGCGGAGAGUCUACAACUCGUAUUGAACCCUGCAGCUUCAUCGGGAGGAGGUGGUGCUAGUACGGGAGCGUACUCUGUGUUGGGAAACAAGAGUCGAGCGGCCACCUCGCAACUGAUUCUACCCACAGGAGCUGCGGGAAAGAUGAAGGAAAAGUUUUUGAACACGAUUCAGCAGAAAUUCAGUUCCAGCCGCAGACCGUCGAAACAGAACAUCGAUGGUGUUGCAGAAGAUGGCAACGCCGUCGCCGUCAACAUUCCUGCAAUAGCUUCCGCUGCUACUGGUGCUGAAGCUGACAAAAACAAGCACGAAGAAAGUGAGCAGAAAGAUGUCACAACAGCAUCGACAUCCUGCUCUUCGAGUAAAACCACGACACCGACGGGUGGUACCACCGGGGGUCGUGUUGCCGCAAAAGUAGCAGCGUCUUUCAACCCCGCCUCACGGCUUUUUGGCAGAGGCACAGCGACAGCCGGUACUAGUGCAAGCAAACCUGCUUCAUCCCAACAACAUCGAAAAAAGGCGGAGCUCGGCGUUCCAGCGGUUGCUGCGACAGGAAGUACAGGCAGUGCUUCUUCCUUCACCAGUUUGGUCAAAUCGAAAAUUUUUCAAGCGACUUCGUCCACGACCUCGGGAACAGCUGCGCACCAGCAGAAAAACAAGAACAAAACGAGCAAAAACUGGACGAAUUGGGGUGGAGGCAGGUUGGGGGAAGGACCAGUACAACCCGAGGAACUAGAAUCAGUAUCACCCUCUUCCACGGUCGUGUUAGCCACUGCGAAGUCCGCGGACAGUUCGUACCACGAUUUUGACAAAGAUUCAGAUUUACACUCGAACGGUAACAACUCCCGACGGCUCAGCACGCGAAGCGAGUUGUUGGAUGUUGCGGAGGGGGUAAAUGCGGGAGCAGAAGAAGAAGAGCCGGAAGCGGAUCAAGGAGCUCCUGGUGGUCGAAGCACUAGAAGUGGGGAAAAAACCAAGAAGAUAAAGCCUAUGUCAUCAGCUUCAUCCAGUACAACGGCUUCGAAGUCCGAAUCGCUUGCCGCACGAGCAGCAGAAAAUAACGUCGACUCCGGAAGGGACUCGUCCGAAGAAUCUGCGGCGCGGGCGAGCAGCAAUCGCAAGGGUCCAGUAGAACCCGCCACUGUCCCUUCCUCUCGCAUCAGCAGCACCAGCAGCGCGUCCUCCGUGAUGGAACAUUUCCUGGAAAAAGAGUUUCAGCGCAUGGAGAAAAUGAAGGAGCAGCUGGAUUACGCCUUGCAAAACUAUCUUCGCACAUAGGAGAAAACGCAUGACAAUUGUUUUUCGAUCGAGGGGUAACGAAAAUCCAAAUUAGUAGAGCCUGUCAUGGAGGUGAUUCAGGUAUAGAAAUAGAUAUGCAUCUGUCAUGCCCAUGCGUGAUUGCAAUCAAUGCGAGUUGUGCGACGUUACUUUUGCACAGGAUAUGGAUACGCGGGAGCAGUUGAUUACAUUGCGCGAGGAUCAGGUGUCGAUGAAAGAACGCGAGCUGAACGCCAAGGAGUUAUCCUGUGCAAAACGAAUGUAUCGUACUGCAACUGCAGUGGGAGGUGCAUUACGCAUGAGAAAGAGAAUUUCUAAUGCUGAUUGAGCUUACGAAGGAGAAGGUGAAGGACAUGUGUCAUGCGUAACUAGUGUUACAUGGCUAGUACGACUACUGUUUUUUUGCACAGGAUAGGAGUUGGAGCUAUACGAUUUGCAGAAGCAGCAACAGAAAAAACUCGCACUGCAGCACGCCGAAGCGCUUCGGAUGCUGGAAGAAACUAGUACGGCGAAGACGGAGAAGGAGGACCUGUGUGGGGAUGAAAAGGAAAACUCGGAUCAGACCACCGCGUCUUAUGCUUUUGUGAAAGCUGGGGUGUGUCUUUCUCUUUGUACUCAUGUCGUGUCAUCGUGCUCGUGAUGAAGCUUUGUCAUGCUAUUUUUUUUCUGUAGGAUCGGAUCAUGUUCAUGACCCAGGCUUUUACAUGGGAUAUUACAACUUCGAAAAGCAACAAAUCCGGAACAGCUGGGGGAGCGCUGAUUUUUUCGAAAUCGCUGGAUAACGGGGACAGCAGAAAGAACAGUCCGCAGGCGGAGGAUGCGAUAGCAGGUGGCGGGUUGAUGGAAGCGGGGAGUUUCGAAGGAUCCGAACUUUUGCUGGAAACGACGUAUUUGCUAUACAAGUGUUAUAUUUAUUUCUCGUUGGGAAAGGGCGGAAAGGCUGGAGCAGCAGAGGCAAGACCAAGAGGAGGCCCGCCGGACCCAAAGAUAAGCGAAAAGCAGUGGGAGAAGAGCAGGACGGGGGCGUCGAGGAUAGCCGGAGAAGAAGAUGCUGCAGAAGAAAAACCGGAAUUCGUGGUGGAAGAAAGCUUUUUCUGUGAAAACUCGGGCAAGGAGGAAUGGAAGGUGGCGGGAGCCUGGUUUGCAAAGCAGGCGGAUGAGACCUGGGCAGUGGUGCGCGGCGGGUAGCCCCUCGCCCCGAUAGCACAGGCCUCUCGAGGCUAAAAAACGACACACGCACAUCCACGAUUACAUCGAAGAGUCUCUAUCGAAUAUUUCUACUAGAGCCCCCGGAUUACGCGUUGAUACUGAUACUGAUAUUUCUCGUUGGUCCACAAGAUUUGUGGCAGACUAGUUCCGAUGAAAAUUUGCAGUGUCUUCCACCAGGACGACCUAAAGUAACAUGUAUAACUCUGUCAUGCAUUUUUCAAGAAGAACGAAUUGGAAUUUAAGUGCAAAUUCAAAUCACGCCAGGUACAGUGCGGAUUGCGACUGGGUGACGUCGGUGGAGAGUAAAGCAGAGACCGGGCGGCCCGAAGGGUAGGAACCGUCGACACAAAUGAUGUUGGCUGUGGUGCUUGGUGCGAACAAACACUAUAAAGAACAAGAGGCGAGAAUGGCACGAAAACCAGACAAAGUUGGAACCGUAUGUGAUGACGAAGUCCUUAACUUCGAAAGUAGUCGGCACAGAAAGUAGCGAAGACUUGGCGAAAGCCCCUGGUAGCUAGAUAGGAGUAUAAUUGCUCUCCACCUCCUCGCACGAAAGGUGUCUCCCUAAUCCUAGUAAAGAACCAUAUUCGCCGCAGCCUCGCGGCUGUGGUCGAAGUAAAAAAUGCUGAAGACACCACCUGGAGGAGGAUGACCUUGAAAGCGACUCGACGCAUCAUGCUUUUUAUUGCUGUGAAGAAUGAAAGUAGGGCUAGGGCGACCAGCUCCAGCUUGUGUGUAGCUUCAACAUCGACAUCCCUAUGCUGUGCUACAAAUGUCGCUGUUCUUCCAGAAAUUCAUGUAAAGCACACCACUGUGCUCUCGUUCUGCAUUCUUGCUCUUGGGGGUACUUCGGAAAGCUGCUGCGAUGCCUCGGCCUAGUUUACUUCGCUAUGCUUAUUGUUGUACUUCUCUCCUUCGACGCUCGUUGCCCCGUUUGUUUCUCCGUAAACAGUGACUACGCUGGUGCAGUCGAGGAAAUGGAAAUAUUACAGGAU